CGCGGCGCCUGCGCAGUGCGGGGGCGCAGGGCGGCCAAGAUGCCGGACUAUCUGGGCGCCGACCAGAGGAAGCCCAAGGAGGAAGAGAAGGAGGACAAGCCCAUCCGCGGUCCCUUGGUUCUUCUUUUUCAGGGCCAGAGUACAUACUCGAGGCAGAUCAAGCAGGUAGAAGAUGACAUUCAGCAACUACUCAAGAAAAUCAAUGAGCUUACUGGGAUCAAGGAGUCAGACACUGGCCUGGCCCCUCCUGCUCUCUGGGAUCUGGCUGCAGAUAAGCAGACUCUCCAAAGUGAGCAGCCUCUUCAGGUUGCCAGGUGUACGAAGAUUAUCAAUGCGGACUCUGAGGAUCCCAAGUAUAUUAUCAAUGUCAAACAAUUUGCCAAAUUUGUGGUGGAUCUCAGUGACCAGGUGGCACCAACUGACAUUGAAGAGGGAAUGAGAGUUGGUGUGGACAGAAACAAGUAUCAGAUCCAUAUCCCCUUACCUCCAAAGAUUGACCCAACUGUUACUAUGAUGCAGGUAGAGGAAAAACCAGAUGUCACCUACAGCGAUGUUGGUGGUUGCAAAGAACAGAUUGAAAAACUGCGGGAGGUGGUUGAGACCCCUCUGCUCCAUCCUGAGAGGUUUGUGAACCUUGGGAUUGAGCCCCCUAAAGGAGUGCUUCUGUUUGGGCCACCGGGGACAGGCAAAACCCUGUGUGCCCGUGCUGUUGCUAACAGGACCGAUGCCUGCUUCAUCAGAGUGAUUGGAUCUGAAUUGGUGCAGAAAUAUGUAGGAGAGGGGGCUCGAAUGGUGCGGGAACUUUUUGAAAUGGCCAGAACUAAGAAAGCUUGUCUUAUAUUCUUUGAUGAAAUUGAUGCCAUUGGAGGGGCUCGUUUUGAUGAUGGGGCUGGAGGUGACAAUGAAGUGCAACGUACCAUGCUGGAGCUGAUCAAUCAGCUGGAUGGAUUUGAUCCAAGAGGCAAUAUUAAAGUGCUGAUGGCAACUAACAGACCUGAUACUUUGGAUCCAGCACUGAUGAGGCCGGGGAGACUGGAUAGGAAGAUUGAAUUUAGCUUACCUGAUCUGGAGGGCCGAACUCACAUAUUUAAGAUCCACGCUCGUUCGAUGAGUGUGGAAAGAGACAUCAGGUUUGAGUUGCUGGCUCGAUUGUGUCCUAACAGCACAGGUGCUGAAAUCCGCAGUGUCUGCACGGAGGCAGGCAUGUUUGCCAUCAGAGCACGUCGAAAAAUUGCAACGGAGAAAGACUUCCUGGAAGCCGUAAACAAAGUCAUCAAGUCUUAUGCAAAAUUCAGUGCUACACCCAGAUACAUGACCUACAACUAGAAGGAAAAUAUUCAUAUUAAUCUUUGUCUGAAGUAAAAGCCUGAGUGUAUAAUAGUUCAUGUGGUGUUUGCUAUCUAAUGCAGUUCUAGGAGUCUAAAAAUAAAUGGAGUAGUCCAAAUAA